AUGCGCGAGUCAAGAAGGGUCACCCAAACGCUGUGGGAAGAUGGUUGGGGGCUUUUUAUCGCUCGCUUGCCACUCGUCGUCGAUGAAAUAGAACGAUUGAUGCAGGUAGAGCCCAAAGCAGAUGCACUCGUAUCGGCUCAUGUCGCCAAGAUACUGGGUGACGUUGCUAUUAUAGCACAGUGUCUGAAACAACUGGAGCUGUACCAACCAUGGGCCGCCCAAUUUGACCAGUACAUUCAAUCUAAUAUUGAAUUAUACGGAAGCAUAUGGACUGAACUUCGGGGUAACUUUAAGCAAUUGCAUGAGGCCUUACUGCGAAAGGAGUUUGAUGAAGCAGCCAGACUCGCAGAGCCAUCUGGUGGCAAAUUUACCUAUCCGUAUAGCAAACGCCGUACCAGAGACGUCACAAACUUUGAAAACACGGCUGUUUACAACCUGUUUUGCCAGCAACGUACCCUGCGAAGGACGGUUGAGUGGCUCGAACCUGCAAAGACUGACUCAAAGGCCGAGCCUAUUGUGGAUAAAGAUUUGUCGGAACUCAACAGACCUCUUUCGAAGCUAUUUCUGGACGAACCUGCCCAAGACCCUAAGAAGGUCAAGCCUGAAGCCAAGUCGAAGACAAAGGUCAAGACCAAGGGUGAUCCGACGGAGCCUGCUACCGAGGAGGUGACCCCGCCGGCUGAUGAAGCAGAACCGGCAACUGAAGAGACCCAGCCAACAUUUGCUGUUGAUGCCAAAGCGCUCAAGGUAUUCCGUACUUUGUUCUUCGAUCCUGAAGUAACAACGAGUCCUGGCUUGAUUCCGUGGAACCACUUCCUCUAUACGAUGGCGUCGACUAGCUUUAAGAUUGAGAAGCUAUAUGGUUCGGUCUGGCAGUUUACUCCGACUACGCUGGAUGUUGAGCGGGGUAUCCAUUUCCAUGAACUGCAUCCGAUGAGCAAGAUUCCUUCUGAGACCGCUAGGCGACAUGGACGACGAUUGCCGAGGACACUCAAUGAAAGCGAAAACUCUUACUACGCGAUGGAGCGAGCAAAAUGUUUAUAUAUAAUGAAGGAGACGGCUGAUGGGCACGGCCUAUUUGCCAGAGAGCUCAUCAAAUCUGGGACGCGCAUCAUUCACGAGAAACCAAUCUUGACAGUUUCACAAGCUGAGACGAAGACGAAGACUGAGUACAGAUGUGUCAUCGAUCAGGUCGUGGAUUUGAGUGACUCAGAGAGACACCGAUUGAUGAAUCUGUAUCACAACGAUAAAAAGCUGCGCGAAUUCUCAUUCCUCCAGGGCCAACCAUGUCCUGAGACAGAUCUCGAUGCUGGCCUUGUCUUGGCUAAGUUCUACACAAACGCCGCGAACAUCACAUCCGGAGGUCUCGAGUGUGGCUUAUUCACCACUUUCUGUCGCAUGAAUCACUCAUGUACGCCAAACAUCUGUUGGGUGUAUGAUGAGCCAACGGGUUUCAUGGAAGUAUACGCAGUGAGGGAUAUUGACAAAGACGAGGAGAUCACCAACUCAUACAUCGAAGUCGCAACUUCCCAUCAGGUCAGGAUAAGGGAGCUCUCAAAUUGGGGCUUUACUUGUCGAUGCGCUGCAUGUGAAGGGCCUGAUGCUGCUAAGCACGAUGAGCGAAGGCGCAGGAUUACUCAGAUCAAGGGAAUUCUCGACAUCUAUCAGGAUGCAGGAAAAACGGGCGAUGCACCGAAGUUCGCCGAGAUUCCAAAGACAGAUCUGGAAGCAUUGAAGCUCGGCGAAGAAAGCCUCGCGCUGUUAUCGGAAGAAGGGCUCGUCGAGCAAUUGGGUGUUAUGUAUGGGUUGUGUGCAAAGUUUGCCAAGGGCGCUGGGCUACGUGACUUCGCAGAAGAUUAUGAGGAGAUGGAGUUUGAGAUAUUGGUGAUAACGACUGGAGAGUAUGUCGAGUAAUGAACAACUUCCUGGGGGACCAAGCAUAGUAGAAAGUUUAAGUCAUAUUCUCUGGAGUUGCGAAGUCUGAAAAGGCUUGCUACCCACAUAAUAGUUCGAAGGAGAGUUCCCAAAGCAUUGCAUCGAGCGUUCUUUCCUGAGGGUCUUUCCUUGGCACUGGAGACCAAGUCUCUUCAUAGCCUCACGUCAUUGCGUGUUAUGUGCCGUGGUGAGGAACAAUUCAUGACACUAUCAUACUAUAAAAGUCUAUA